AGGCCUUCGUAGCAUCGCACCAUCGCUACAUCACCUUUGAAUAUCUAAGGAAUCUCACUGUCAUCAACGUUAUAUAUCCAUCCGUCUAGGGUUCCAUUGUUUCUCCCUCUUACAGACCUGAACCCUUCAAACAAAGGGCCAAAACGACACGAUGAUGCAACCGUCAUCCGCGGGUGUCCCUCCCUCAAUGGCCCCCCCGCAACAGUACCAGCAGUAUCAGCAACCGCAGCACCAGUGGAUGCAGCAACAGCCACCGCCUCAGCAGCAGCCGCCGCCCUACCAGGUCCCGCCGCCGCAGCAAUCAGCUUACUAUUACCAGCAGACGCCGUCCCAGGGCGUCGCUCCUCCGCCGUCUCAACAGCCACCGCAGUACAACGCCGCUGCUCAGCCGACCAGCGCGGAUGAGAUCCGCAGCCUCUGGAUCGGAGAUCUGCAAUACUGGAUGGAUGAGGACUACCUCAUGAAAUGCUUUUACCUUUCCGGAGAGGUUGUCUCUGCUAAAGUUAUUCGUAACAAGCAAACUUCACAAUCAGAGGGAUAUGGAUUUAUUGAGUUUGUAAAUCAUGCAGCUGCGGAAAAGAAUCUACAGACCUAUAAUGGCACCCCAAUGCCUAAUGCUCAGCAGAACUUCAGACUUAACUGGGCUUCUCUAGGUUCAGGAGAAAAGCGCUCUGACAAUUCUCCUGAAUACACUAUUUUUGUUGGAGACUUGGCGGCUGAUGUCACGGAUUAUAUGCUUCAAGAGACGUUCAGAGUGAACUACCCUUCAGUUAAGGGUGCGAAGGUUGUUACAGAUAGGGUCACUGGACGGACCAAAGGAUAUGGGUUUGUUAAAUUCGGAGAUGAAAGUGAGCAGUUGCGGGCUAUGACUGAGAUGAAUGGAAUGUUUUGCUCAACCAGACAGAUGCGAAUUGGCCCAGCUGCUAAUAAGAAGAGCCUAGGUACUCAGCCACAAGCUUCAUAUCAAAAUAGCCAAGGGACUCAAAGUGACGAUGAUCCAACUAACACAACUAUAUUUGUUGGUAAUUUGGACUCAAGCGUCACGGAUGAUGCUCUGAGGCAGGUUUUUGCAAAUUAUGGUCAGUUACUUCAUGUGAAAAUACCUGUGGGCAAGCGCUGUGGUUUUGUUCAAUUUGCUGACAGGAGUUGUGCUGAGGAAGCUCUGCAAAACUUGAAUGGAACUCAGUUGGGAGGACAGAGCAUCCGUCUUUCAUGGGGCCGUAGUCCUUCAAACAGACAGCCACAGGCUGAACCAAACCAAUGGAACAGUGGAUACUAUGGAUAUGCUCCUGGAUAUGAAGCCUAUGGAUACCCUCCUGCUGCUGCCCAGGAUCCGAAUAUGUACUAUGCCGGGUAUGCUGGGUACGGAAACUAUGCACCACCUCCACAGCAACAGCAGCAGCAGCUCCAGCAACCCCAGGGAUACACUGGAUGAGGAUGCUUCUGUCGGCUACAGAAUAUGGCAUUGCCGGUGGAAGAGGGACCAUCGGCUUACAUUUCUAAUCACGAAUGUAUAAUAGCUAGACUGUGACUUCCUCCCAGAUUCUUGCCGUGGGCUAGUACGUUGAGAUUCCUUGUAUGGUUCUGAUUUUGACUCUGAUUUACCCUUUGCGGUAGCUUGCUUGCCAACUUUUAUAUAUUAUUAUUAUUUUCUUCAUUUUUGAACUUGCUUUUUGCUGAGGCCUGAGGGUUCAUUGUAGAAAACAAUGAAUGUAGUGAUAUAUUUUUGUUCGUUGCCUUCCCACUUCUUAAUAAUGGAUUAAUGUGGUUUGCGCUUUCUUA